CAACAGAAGCGCGCGUAUCGUCAGAGAAGGAAGGAUCCCAGCUGUGACGCUUGUCGAGAGCGAAAGGUCAAGUGCGAUGCGACUGAUACUUCUAGCUGCUCGGAAUGCUCAAGUCGUUCGGUGAAAUGCCAAUUCACGAAGGAGACGAAUCGAAGGAUGUCGUCCAUAAAGCAAGUGCAAGACCUCGAAAAGCAACUUUCACAGGCUCGACAACACAUUACGCAACUAAAGGAUCGUUUGAAAGAUGGCGGCGUUGCGCUGGCGGACGCAGAUGUCAAAUCAGCAAUCAUCGCGAACGCGCCGGUUUUGAACCUUCCCUCAUCGACCCAAAAAGAACAUCGUCCACCACUUCCAGCAAUCGACGGUAUGGACGAGGUAAGGAAGAACAUUCGCAAUUACAGUCGGGGGAUCUUCAAGCCACCACCUCCUUACCGACAAUUUGGGGCGCAAACGAGAUUUCCACACCAGAACCAUCCAUUACCACCAAAACACAUCGCGGAUCGAUGCUUAGCCAACUAUCACGGGUCUGUGCAUCUGAACUCACCGCUCUUGCACUGGCCUACAUUCAUGAAGGAGUACGAGGAAGUCUAUCGCGUGGGCGGCUUCCAGGAUUCUCGGCAUAUUUGGGUUGCUCUUUUCUACAGCGUCAUGGCUUGCGGUAUUGUGAUGGACCCACGACCGUCAACAGCAAAGGACGAAGCAGACGGCGCACACUACAUCGAUUUGUGUCUCAUGAACGUCAACACGUGGAGCGACGAGCUCACGCUGGACACAGUGCGUACAACGCUGAUCAUGUCCAUAUUUUUUGUUGAAAGCAAUUUGCUCUCUCCAGCUUGGGUAUGGAUGGGCGCGGCGGUGCGCAUCGCCCAAGACAUUGGGUUGCAUACGGACCGCAGGGCAUACACUUCUCGAGAGGCAGAGAAUUCGUUCGAGGCAGAGAUGAGACGUCGCGUUUGGUGGUCGGUGUACAAUUGGGACAGAAUCAUCUCCUUGGACACUGGACGACCACUGUUGAUUAACGAUGACGAUUGUGAAAUCAGUGAGCCAACGCCUGUUGACGAGGACGCAAUCACACCGAACGGCAUAUUACAAAGCAAAACUCAAGCGGGCUGCACUUCUCUCGUCGCCAUGAUAACCGUGUCGCGGAUCACGGCGCAAAUCAAACGGAGCUUGAAGCUUCAGACAAUUGCACCUUCGACACUGGCUACUUACGACGCGCACUUUCGGUCGGUCAUGUCCACUUGGCCGGAGCCAUAUCCGAUGCAUUCGCAGGCACCGUUGGAUCCGCGUUUGCUGCCGAGUGUUUGCUCGCUCCAAAACAGCAUGUUCUUUCUCUAUCGUCACAACUUGUCGCCCGCCUGUCGAAGCUGGAGCGACCGUCACGACGCCCUCCAACGCUGUGUCUCUGUCGCACAAAACAUGGCGCAUUAUGUUGAACGCACCUUUCGCGAUCCUUCUGUGGUCUCUCGGCAGGGUCAUUUCUCUCCCGAGCAUCUCUCUCAGUGGGCCGCACGAAUGCGAAGUGUCGCACCUGCUUUCUUAUGCACCUUGGUGUGGCGAUGCCAACUAGUGCUUUGCCUCGUCGGCGAUUUUGCCAGUGCACAAACACUGAUGCAUGUGUCCGUCGCCAUCGCUGACUUGCGCAAGAUCAACGUUGCCUGUGGCCGUUAUUUGACUUUCUUCCUCGAACAGCUCGUAGGCCGACUACGCGCUGGAGCAAGUUUCCAUGAUCUCGCUCGCGAUGAAGCCAUGCUGGCAUAUGUCAGCGGGGAUAUGCAAGCGUGUAUCGACGGCGCCUGGACGUGGACUGGAGGUGAGAUGGGCGCCCCUUUCAUGCCCCCUCAAGGCGGCCCACACUCUCCACCGCUGGUGCUCAUACACCCAGGUGCAAGGCACACAUUGUCCGAGCGCGAGAAGAAGGAAUGGGGAGGUUGGGAUCAUGUGCAAAGGAUGAUCCAGCAAUUGGCGCACGACCGAGAACAGCAACAGCAACAG